GAGCGGCUCCGCAGAGCGGGAUACUGCGCUUAUACUCCACAUGAAACCGCUUCAAGUUUACUUAUUUUCAUAGCUCGACCAUCGGUGUUGAAAGAAGAAGGGGCGACUGGGCUUCACGUGGUGCUUUUAUGAAUUGGGCUGGAGGGAUCGGCGGCUUCAACUCGCACAUUCCUCCAAAGGACCGCUGUGAAGUUACUGGGACGACCUCUUUGUGAAGACGGUAUCAACAUGGCUGUGCUGUGAAGGGUAAGGUCACUCUACAUCUCUCAGGGUCUUUGUCAAGUUGGGACCAGAAGAAGGGAAAGAAACCAAUGGAGCUAGAAUGGACGUUCUGAUAGGGUCCCUGGAGAGAAAGCUGCAGAGACCACUUCUGGCCAAGUCGCGUACACUUCCCAGCAUCCCCCAGUCCCCCACUGUCUCCAGAGUGCAGCAUUCAGACGUGCUUGGUGGCGGUCCUUGCAGCACACCACUCUUCAGCACCAGCCAUCCCAAGGCCUGUACGCUGCCCUCUGCAGGGGAGGUAUGGAGGCUGGAGGACGACCACGACAAGGCUGAGGGAGAGGCCCGUCCCCGCUCCCAGUCGCCUUUCUCCCACUUGCGCUCACGGGCGGCCUACCUGCGUAAAAGUCUCUCCGUUGAUGACCACCUGGGCAUGGUGGAAUUUGGGAGCCCAGCUCCGGAGGGCAAGAGCCAGCGUGGCAGCAAGGGGAAGCUCAAGAGGAAGUUUAGCCUGGGAUCUGCAGACAGGAAGGAGGCCCAGCAGAAGAAGCUGGAGUCUGGAAUCUCCAAGUUUACCCAGCGUCUUUCCCUAAAGGAUCGUCAUCUCAAGCCUGAGAAGACAGCCCCGGACAGGACGCUGCUGUACAGGAGGCGUUCUCUCAGUUUAGACUGGGCCCACGCUCCAAAGAUGACGCAGCAGAUGCGCGAGGCCAACGUGGCAGCAGGCAGGAAGCCCUCCAGCGUCUCGUCGCCAAGCGCCGCUCGCCGCCUGUACCGCAACCUCUCCGGCAAGUUCCGAGUGGGCCACCCCGGCGCCGAGGAUGGCACAGCGGCAGGCCGCGGUGACAAGGAGCGCCUGUGCAAGUCCGCCAUGUUUCAGAGCAAUGAGGCGCUGUUUGAAGCAGUGGAGCACCAGGACCUGGACCUGGUGCAGUUGCUGCUGUCCCAGUACAGCUUGGAGGAGCUGGACCUCAACACGCCCAACAGUGAGGGCCUGCUGCCACUGGAUAUCGCCAUCAUGACCAACAACGUGCCAAUGGCCAAGCUGCUGCUGCAGGCUGGGGCCAAGGAGAGCCCGCAUUUCGUGAGCCUGGAGGGCCGCGCUCUGCACCUGGCCACACUGCUGCGGGAGGCGGAGCAGAAAGUGGCCGAGUUGACGGUGCAGGUGGCCGGCGAGGGACCCGGGGAAGGCGAGGCCUCCGACCGCGAGAGGCAGCUCCAGGCCUGGGAGUGGAGGCAGCGGCUCUUCAAGCGCAUGAAGACGGGCUUCGAGCACGCAUGCCCCCCAGACACCCCCAGCAAUGUCCGGCUUUCAGUAUGCAGCAGCACAAGCCUUGGGGUGACCUUCCAGGAACCUCUCAGCGUCAAUUCAGCCAUUGUCACCAAAUACAAGGUGGGCUGGAGCUCGUCGCCCUCUCUGACCCCCCUCUUGGGAGAGACAGUUGUGGAGGACACCAAGGCCUUGCAGUGCUUCAUCACAGGACUCCUGACGGGGAAUCCCUACUACGUCCAGGUGUCUGCAUACAACAUGAAAGGAUGGGGUCCUGCCCAGAUGUCUGUCCCCGCCUGCGCAGUCCCAUCCAGCUGGCGAGAGGUCGACGGACGAGCACCACGCCAGAGAGGUCAGAAGGAGGCGCUGGACCAGCUGCUGGGCCAGAUAAAGGAAGCCCAUAGACACUGUGUUUGCCACGAGCAGUGCAAGGCCCCCCCACACGUGAGGAAGCACUCCGUCUCCAAAAGCUUACGACACCUUUUCCAGCCCACAAGCAAAUUUGUGAAAAACCUGAAACGAGGGCUGUACUUGACCGUAGUGUUCUACAGAGAUGACAGCAUCGUGGUCACUGCUGAGGACCAGAUCCCCAUUGUGGAGGUUGAAGAUUCCUACUCCAGUUUGCUGGUGCAGGACUUCCUGUGGUUCACCAAGCUGGCCUCCUUGUGGGAGGAGAUCCCCUGGCUGCAGCAGUGCCUGAGUCCCUCCCAGUCCUCCUGCUCCUGUGCUCUGCAGACUCGCCUCAAGAUGCUGCAGACGGUAUCCCAGCUCCAGGGCAUGCUGGGGACCCAGGACCUAGGCCAGGUAUACUUCGAGCCCAUCAAGGACAAGCAUGGCAAUGCUCUGCUGGUGACCCUGCGGGACCUGAGCUCGGGGCCCAGUCUGGACGGCAUGCGCUGGACGCAGCUCUGCAGGCUCCAGCUUCAGCGCAAAUCCAUCUCGUCCCCCGAAGAGCCUACAGCCCUGGACAUGCUGCUCAUCACGCUGCACGAGAAGCUGGCCUAUCACCGGAGGAGCAGGAAGCUGCUAUCGCCCGGCCUCUACCUGGGCUACCUGAAGCUUUGCAGCACGGUGGACCAGAUCCGGGUGCUGGUGCCUCAGAAGCUGCCCAACGUGCUGAGCCACGUCAAGGUCCGGGACAAUAGCAACGUGUCCAGAGAGGAGUGGCAGUGGUUCCAAGCGGUCAGAUGCCUGGAGGAGGCCCUGGAGAUGGACCAGGAUGUCCAGAGUGGUCCUCAUCAGUUUCUUCAGGACCUGCGGAGUGCUUGCAAAGAGCUCAUGUCUCACAUCAACAUCCCAGUCAGCCAGGCAUCAGAGUUCCGAAUCUACAGCCAGGAGGUGCUUGAGGUCGGUGAGAAGGUCUCCUUUCUCCUGCUGCUGCCCCCUUCAGAUGACGUGUGCACCGCCCCAGGGCAGAACAAUCCCUUCUCUCCCCGCACUGGCUUCCUUACCUUACCGCUUCAGAUAUUUGAGCUGGUCCACUUCGACACCUACCGGCCGAGCUUCAUUGGGCAGUACUGCCGGGUGUCGGCGCUGCUGGAGCUCGAGUCACUGAUGUCCCAGCAGACCCUGAGGGAGGCCUUCUCCGAAUCUGAGCUGCUGGAAGCCAAGCAGAAGCACCAGCAGGUCCAGGAGCACAUCCAGCAAAUGGAGGAGUUGUGGAGGGAAGCUCGCUGGAUCAUGGAUGCCCUGCAGUACGCCCGCUACAAGCAGCCCUCGGGGGGGAUAUCUCUGGCCUGGAUUAUUGAUUUCUCCCGGGACGUGGUUCCAGAGAAGCCCCGUUCCACGUCAUCCCAGCUGGACUACCUGCCCUCCCCCGUGCCAUCACCGGAGACUGGCCGCAAACUUAACUCCGAACUCCACGGGCUGUCGGAUGAGGAGGGCUCCUCGGAGGUCUUCCUGACGACGGACAGCGACUACGACUCCAGCCGCGCCCAGAGCCCCCGUGAGCUCGACCUGCUACCCUCCUCCCCACGCUCCUCGGCCGCCGAGCCACGGCCUUUCCCGCACGAGGGCUUUGGCGGGGGGGCCCUGAGGGGGUCCACGCCAGAUGUGCUGCAGGCCUCGGAGCCCGGGCCGCCGGAGCACGUGGAGCGGCGGCGUGCAGCCGAGCUCUUCGACAGUGACUUCAUCCUGCCAAGCCGGCAGAUUGAGCUGCUGCGCAUCACCGAGAAGAAGCAGGCCUUCUGUGUGCGUACCAGCAGCCUGGAGUUCCCCCCGGUGUCCGCCACCUCCCCUCCCACCGCGUCCCCCCAGCACCGACGGCACCAGCACUCCUCCGUGGACCGCUGCUGUCCCCCUGAGUGUCGCCCUCGGCCAGCCCCGACCCGCACGCUGUCAGAGGACAGCGGCUCACAGAGGAGCUCAGCACCUUCGCCAGGCGUCUGCAGGAAGCCGUGUCACAUCACCCUCCGUGUGUAUCCACAGUACCGCACCGGGCUGCCCAAAGAAACCAGCGUCAAGCUACGCGUGACCCCCCGCACCUCGGCCGGGGAGAUGGUACGCCUGGUGGUGCAGGAGAUGAAUGAGGUAUCGCGCCGGCUGCUGGGCUCCCCGGAGCGCUGCGUCUACCGCGACGAGCAGUUGGAGCACUUCGGCCUGGUGCUGCUGCUGGAGGACAGGGAGAAGUGGCUGCAGGACGACUUCCGGCCCCUGGAGUUGCAGAACCCCUGGCUACGUGGCAAGCUCUGCGUGCGUGUCAAGGAGUACUCGCCGCUGGCGCUGCAGUGUAGCCGUGCCACCACGGUGUGAGAGGGGGCGCCGACGAGCAGCAGGCUCGUACCACUAUGCCCAGGCCAGAGGGGGGUCCUCUCUAUGUGUUUAGUCAUUUCCACGCACACUGCACAGACAGAGUGACUGUAUAUCUGUCUUUUUGUACAUGCUGCUGUGAAAUGAAUCCACCCCCACCUCCCAAGGAUAUACUUUGUGAAGACCCUUUUAAUUUCGCCAAAUGGAAAAAUUAUCACUUUUUCUGUAAGACCUUGAAAACUUGAAAAGGGAAUGUGACAAUGUGUGAUAAUGUGACAGCAGCCUUCACAUGAAGUUAGGAAAGUGGUAUUCCUUCUGUUCUGCUAGAGAUAAUGCUUAAAUCAUUUCAAGAAGUGCUGGCAAGUGGAGAUCUCUUGAUGCAAGCUCCAAAACCUCCCCAGCAUGCCGCUGGGGCUGGUGUUGUUGUAGUAAACGCGCUGGUCGGCGGCUUGAAGGGGGGGUGAAGGAUCCAAGCGAGCCUCCCCUCCACGAUAGCCAGGAAGAUGUCAGGCGCGUCCCUUGCUCAUGUGUGAGGUAGUGAGGGGCCAUGAUGGAGGGCAAGACUCUAGGAAGAACUGAAAAGGGAAGCAGUGGUCUUCUAAGAGAUGUUCUCUUCUGCGUCAGAGCAGCUUGUGAACUUUGAGAAGUCUUCAGACAUUGACAGUGUCGUACGGUGCUGUGUUUGCAGCCCAGAGCUGCCCAGUGUUUUGUGUUUCACUCACCAGUGGUGUUCCAGUGGCACCAGUAUCAGACUUACUUCACUCUAGUUCCCGUCCUUCCCUCCCCCCACCGGAAUGGAAUGGCUAAGACUGGAAGAUCCACCUCUGAGUUGUACUGUUUUGUUUUCUUAACUUCCAGAAGAGUUGUGUUAACUUGUGUUGGUUUGGUAGGAGUUAUCGCACAAACUACUGAUGUUUAUUUGUAAUAGAUGAGUCUUGGUUUCUCUGGCAUAUUGUUUUUAUUAUUAUAAUAGCAGGAUUUAGUGUCAUCUCUUACUUAUGCUUAUACACUCACAGUAAUUGGAGACAUUUGCUGUUUUCCAUGGUUAGCAUGAAGUUAAGUCACAGGCCAAACGUAACAUCUUCACAUUAACAGCUAAGACUUUCAGCCGUUUACUUACAAAUACCCUCACAGGCUCAGAUGGAAGGCUUUGUCUUAGCUCGAGCUUGACUGGUAGAUACACUGGGCAAAUUCAUGAAGGAGACGUAAGGUCAUUUUUUAAAAAUCUAUUUUUAUUGAACAAUAAAUGAAUAUAACAAAAGGCUGCAGUCACUGUGAUGGUUUUUAUGGGACACAUCUUACAGGAAGCCUUACAUCUUACACAUUCUUAUUUUUAGCAGUGUCAGAAAUAUCCGGAAUUCUUGUGUUUCUUUUGACACUUCCUGUGCCGGAGACGGAUCCCAGAGUCCUACUGUGACUCGCUUGCAGCCCACGGGGCUCAGUCACCUAACGACGCUUCGUGUUUCAUAUAUUAAUGUGCCUCUGCAUCGUCUCCCUGUUUCAGUUACAGAGUGAUAAAUGCGUGUCUGGCCAGCGUGACUCUUUACUAGCU